GCGGAACGAUGCUUUCAAGCGAAGUGAAUAAGGAAUUCUUUGUACUGUUGUUAUCACAAGUUCUAGGUAUAAAAACAUGAGAAGAUCGAUUCGAAAUAAUUUCGCAACUCAACUAAGUUCGUGGUGUGUGGAAAGUGCGCGCUGGUUUUAUUGUAGGAAAUCCGUGGGAAGAUGUCCUACGUAUUUCCACAGAACUGCGCUAAGUAGCCUGCAGCCAAUCCCACGACACUAUCUCUUCGAGACAAGCAAAAACAUUACUUCCCCAACAACAAAUUCCCCACGAUUGAGAAUGGCUAAAAGAUUCAUACCGUCUGGUUACGGUCUCAGUUCACUCAGUCACUUCACCAUGUUCGAGACAACACCAUGUGCUUAUGGCGCUUUGUCAAAUCAACAUUUGCCGCGUGCACUCCAUUUAUCAAGUGCAAACGAUGUGGAAUUGAGUGCGAAAGUAUCACAUUUUGGUAACUACAAGGACGCGAUACAUGCGUUGAACGGGCUACAGUCCAACUCACAAACUAUACAGUUGGCUGCAACGAGACAGCUGAACAAUAUAGACGAUACAUUGAUAUACCUUCGGAGAUCAGGGAUCGAGCCAGAGCAGCUGGAUAGGCUCUCUGUAAUUCAUGUCUCAGGGACUAAAGGGAAGGGAUCAACAUGUGCGCUUACAGAAUCUAUCCUGCGGUCAUUCGGAGUUAAAACAGGUUUCUUCAGUUCGCCGCACUUAGUCUCCGUUACAGAACGUAUACGCAUCAAUGGCCAACCAAUUUCUGAAGAGAUGUUCACAAACUACUUUUGGAAAGUGUAUAAUCUCCUCAAUUGUCACAAAGAAUACGAAAAUGAUAUGCCAGCAUAUUUCAAGUUCCUAACAAUUUUAAGUUUUCACGUGUUCCUUGGAGAGAAAGUCGAUGUUGCUAUUUAUGAAGUUGGAAUUGGUGGAGAAAGGGAUUGCACCAACGUUUUGCGGACAACAAAAACAGUUGGUAUAACAUCACUCGGUCUUGAGCACACAACGCUUCUAGGCAACACAUUAAGCGAGAUCGCUCGACAAAAAGCAGGUAUUAUAAAACCAAAUUCGGAUGUAUUCACAGUGAACCAACCAGACGAAUGUUGGGACGCUAUCAAACAAGUAGUUAAUGAAACAAAUGCCAAAUUACACAUAGUUCCUGAUUUUAAUGAUUAUAAAUUUCCACACAAUCCUGAUUUACAAAUCAAAAGCAAAGUGCAGCAUUUAAACGCAUCUCUUGCUAUUCAGCUUGCCUAUAAUUGGCUGAAGAAAAACCAUAAAAAUCGGUUAAACGGUUUAGUACCUAAGCAUAGAGAAUCUCAGAUGAUAAUCGAUGGCUCGAAAGAGGUCGUAGAAGGUCUUGAAAAAUGUAUUUGGCCUGGAAGAUGUCAAGUACUGGAACUUGGCAAUAAGAUGAUCCAUUUGGACGGAGCACAUACCAAAGAGAGCUUAGAAGUUUGCGUAGAUUGGUUUUUAAACGUAACGAAAAAUAGUUCAAAACCCAAAUGCUUACUAUUCAAUGCAACGGGUGAUCGAAACUCUGAAAAACUCAUGAGAGUUUUAGCUUCACAAAUUCAAUUUACGGCAGCUUUAUUUGUACCGAACGUAGCAUUCAUUAGUGAAAAUGAAGAUGAUACGAGUGAUGUCCUUUGUGCAAAGAGUGACGAACAAACUCAACGGGCCCAUUAUCAUGCCCGACUCUGGCCAAAGCUGCAAAAUACACCUAUUAUUGCCUCGUUCUCAUCAAUUUUGGAUGGCAUUCUAUUUUUGGAUGAACAGUAUAAAGAUAGGGAGAUCGACGUUUUAAUAACAGGGUCACUUAAUCUUGUAGGAUCAUCGUUAGUAGCUUUAGGAAGGUAUACUUCUGCUAGCGAUAGGGGACUAGUGACCAAGAGCUAGCAGAAACUUAAAUUUUAUUAGCUUUAGUGUGUCGAAAUUGAUUGUUUAUAUUUUUAGUAGCCUACUAAAAGAGAGCUUACUAUUUGUUUAAGUAAUUUUUUAAUGAGUAUCUUUAACAAAUAGGGUUUGUCAUUUAUUAGAUAUAAAUAAAUUUAUAAAAAAAUU